CAAACGUCAUAACAUAAUCGAAAGUAAAACAUCCUCAAACAUCAUAAACCGGAGAAUUGAUAACUAUUUUGUCUAUCCUGUUAAUUCUUGCAAUUGCUGGAACUCAUUGGUUAUUGCGGUUAUAUAGCCUGGUUUAAUGUCAUAGAGAUAAUGUUACUUUUAACCCUUUAACAUUUUUAAAGAUAUCUGAAAUGUUUGCUUUCAUUUUCAUGUGUAUGCCAAUCGUCAAUGGUGUGUUUGGUGCUAAUGCAGAUGAAGUGAAGUCAGUGUCAGUGAUGGAGGGACAUUCUGUCACUCUACAAACUCAUCUUAAUGACAUGCAGACAUAUGAUUUUAUAAAGUGGAUGUACGAACCUAAAGAAUCUCUUAUAGCUGAAUUUAAUAUACGGGCCAAUUUGACUUCUAUACGUGAUACUUAUGACGAGAGAUUCGGAGACAAACUACAGUUGGACAAUCAAACAGGUUCUCUCACGAUCACAAACAUGAGUAUCAGAAAUGCUGGACUUUAUAAACUAACUAUUCACAGCAGCAAAGAAACCUCAUACAAGAAAAUAAGUGUGACUGUCUAUGCUCAUCUGCCUGUUCCUGUCAUCAUCAGAGACUCUUCUCAAUGUUCUUCAUCAUCAGAAAGAUCUUCAAAAUGUGUGUUGUUGUGUUCAGUGAUGAAUGUGACACAUGUGAGUCUCUCCUGGUACAAAGGAAACUGUUUAUUGUCCAGUAUCAGUGUGUCUGAUCUCAACAUCAGACUCUCUCUACCUCUGGAGGUGGAAUAUCACGAUACAAACACAUACAGAUGUGUGGUGAACAAUCCCAUCACAAACCACACACAACAUCUAGACGUCAAUGAACUCUGUCAGUCAUGUUCAGAACUCCGGAAAUUCAGAUGGGCAAUAUUUGAAGUUGUUAUUGCUGCAACUGCAUGGCUGUUGAUAAUCUUAUGUAUAGCUGCUGGUGUGGUUUACUUCAGCUGCAAAGAAAAAGAGGAAUAUGGAAAAAGUAAUGAAGCAGACAUCUGUCUAGACUCCACUGAAUGAUAUUAGGAAAAAAGUCUUUCAUCUGUUCUUCCUUACCACCAACUUGGUGAAUAUAUGCAAGGUGAAGAUAAAAAAUCAGCCUGGAAAUCAGCCCCUAUAAAAUUUGUUAUUGUGUGUUUAUUUUUAUUAUAUUUUUAAAGAGUUACUUGACAUGGGCCAAAUUAACCAAUCAGAUGAAGACUUUUAUUUGGAUAUUUAGAAAAAGGUAACCGAAUCCUCUUGAUUUUUUUCUUACUUCACCAAAAGGCAAUAGUUAUUAUGGGCCUAACACAGUUAUUGUAAUAUGUAUUGUUAAAAACUAGUUCAAUGGUAGGAUUGGUUCUUGGCUUGCUGCUUUAUAUGUCUCUUUCGAAACUUUAUUUGUAUUAUUUUCUAAAUUAUUUUAAAAGGGUUGACUCUAGUAGAAAAUGUGUGUUCAUGAUGGAUGUUAAAGUCAUGUUUAUUUAAAAAGCACUUUUGACAAAGCUUUGCACAAAUUACACAAUGUCAUAUUAUUGAAGGUCAGAUAUUAGGGUCACCAUCUUUUGACACCUAAUUGAAUAGAAUGGAAUGGAAUAGAUAACUCACAAUAUCACAAUAUUUACAAAACCCUGUAAGUAUAGAAAAAGGUACUGAAAUAAUACAGGAUGUAAAAAUAGGUGUAAAUUAACAGCAAAUGAUAUACAUGUAAAUCAUGAAAAUAUGUAUUAAUGACCACAUAACAAUAAAACAUAGGUCUAUAAAAUUCUGUAAACAAGUGUGUCUCUUUAGCUAUAGGUUAUAGAACAUUUAUUACUAUAUUUGAUUAUACGCCUUUUGUUGAAUACUUCACUUCCUUGUGAUAUUUUAAGUUUUUAAUUUAAUGAAAGUUGUGGUGAAUUAUCUUUGCCAGCAGGCCACAGUACGACAUAUCUCCCUUUGUAAUAUUUCAUUUCAAAAUGCCAGAAAUAUUAAAUAAAUCACAAUGAUACUC